AUGGCUCAGUCACUCAUUACCUUCGCUGUUGCUCUUGCUUCUUUUUCUUCUUUCGCUUCUGCUGCUGACACUUGCAAAUCUUUCGGCGUGGACUUCCAAGAAGGAGGAGUUUAUUUCCAAAACAAUGCCUCAUCCGAUCCGUUCACUGCGUUCCAAUACUUCUCCGGAUGCACGAACGACACCUCGAACAACGUCCUGGUCGACCCUCAAGGCAACCAGGCGCAAUGCUCAAACACGAACAUGCAGCCGGACAAGCAGACGCAGUUGAUUACUUGCUCGGACAACCCGAAAGACACCCUCUACAACGGCAACUGGUCCCUUCUUGUUAUCAGCAACAACGGCAAUGCCGACCCGAUCGCAUACCAGCGUGAUUUCUCCCUCGAUGUUGGAUCGCAAUCGACUACCUACGUCUACCCGACCGUGACCGUGGACCCAUCCAGCACGACCGUCGAGACAUCCACGAAGCAGACCGAGACCACCAUUACAUCAAGAGUACCCAAGACUACGAUUACUGCGACUCACACCAUCUCUUCUCUGGUCUCUUCGCAAACUCACGGCUGGACCGAGCAUCCCCACCCAAGCUACGUCAAGACGACCAAGGUUAUGCACACAUACACGCAGACUCUGACCGAAUGGCGCAUUUCUGCCUCCUUCCACGCUGUUGAAGCGCAGUGCACUGCACCAACCGCGCCUGGAUACGAGGACAAGAUCGCCAACAUCGUUCCAUCGAUCCUCGGCGAGCUUGACAAUGUCGCGAAGAAAGUUGUCGAGGGCGUUGAAGACACCGUAGACAAGACCGUCGGCGGCGUUCUCGGUGGACUGGGUCUGCGCGACGAGAACUCCGCCUCUGCCAUGUACAAGCGUGCAAUCAUCGAGGGCCGCCAGCCCACCGAGGAGGAGAAGCGCGGAUUCGUCGCUGAGCGCGAGGCUCGCAUGGCCCGCCGUGUCGUGAACCUCCAGAAGCGCCACCCCGACAACAGGACCGUCACUUCCACCGCGACCCAAAUCGUUACGGCUACGGGCCACGCCAUCAACAUGACCACUCUGACCGAUUUCAUCACUAAUACCGAUUCCACCACCACGACCGUCAGCCAGGGCACCGCAACUGUUUUCGCAAACCAGACUGUUCCUGUUACUACCACUGCCCCUGUGCCUACUUUCACUUGGACUGUCUACCAGCCGUUCGCGGUCGAGACGACCACGGUUUGGUCUACAUAUGCCAUCACCAACACAUACACAACCACCGCCUUCGGCGCCCAGGCAUCGUGCGCCCACCAGAACAAGUUCAUGCAUUAA